AUGUCUUCGAUCGCCUUCGCCAAGUUCUGGCGGACCGAUCUCACCCGCGAGUGCUUCUUGUCCUGCCUCUCCAACGAUGAUCAGCAGUCGCUUCGAUUGGUGUGCAAAGAUUUUGCUCACAACGUCGCUCCUGUCUUGUUCAAACACCUGCAAGUCCGGUUCACCACCAACACCUUUUCACGCAGGGCGCGGAUGGCGGCUCUGGCUACGGUUGGUCGUCAUGUGCGGACUCUCUCGUUUGUCAUGCCGCACCAUUCCGACACCUUUCUGCCACCCAUCCUCUCCCAUGGGUCGCUUGAAGAAGUCAGCUUCAACUACAAACCGCGUCUGAUCGGCUCCAGACCGACAUCGUCAUCCAGCUCUGCAUCCUCCGCCUCGUCCAAGUAUGGCUCGUGGGAAAUGAACGAUCUGCUGGUCAAGCAAUAUCCCCCAUUGUUCCACGCCGCGACCAACGUGGAUGCUUUUUUCCAAGCCUUCUCCGCCGUGCCGAACUUGCGUCAUCUGCUUGUCUCAUGUCCAGGUCAGCCUGCGGGUCAAAGGUAUCGUAGAGAUAUCGUCGACUACGCGUUAAUCUCGUUGAGAAUGGCCGUGGAGACUGCCAACCCGCUGCAGCUAGAAACCCUCACCCUGGCACCUAUUCACCCCGCUGCACUACUGUACCUUCGAUCCCAUCUGAGUAUUGGAGCUUCGCCGGCCUCGUCACGGGUCUGGAGACGCAUCAAGACACUUUCUGUUGAAAUGGACAGUUUCGAAUAUGGCCGUGACAAGCCGUCCGACCAUCUCAAAAUCUUGCACAGCUACUUACAAACGCUGCCAUAUUUGGAACACUUCAGGUUCCAAUGGCUGGGCGAUAAGGGGCCGUGCCCACUUGCUCUUCACGUCGAGCCUUGUACUUCACGACCUACCUCUCUGGAUUGCUCCAAUGCCUGUCCCAACACAAGCACGAAGUCCUCUUUCAGGCCUCUCAAAUUCCGCCAUCUGAAGUCAAUGCAGCUCUGCAAUGCCAGUUUAGACGCGAGCCAGGCGUCGGAGUUCAUCAUGACGCAUCGCAAGGUCCUGCAUGAAUUUCAGUUCGACCAUUGUCACCUCAGAUCCGGCACUUGGGAUGAUGCUUUGGCUCCCUUGACCCGUAUCGUCGGCAAUGACAGCUGGAAGCAGAAGCAAGAAGAGGUCAUGGAUAUCCCCAUCAUGCUUGGCCCUGUCGAUGAGAAGAGCGACGACACGGACUGUGUGGAAGGACGGCUCUGGGACGAUAUCUUCCGUAGACACAAAAGUUUUCAGACGCUCCGCAAAGUCGGCAUGCGAACAAAAGAGAUGGUGCCUGAACAGGUGAAGCGUCUUCUGAGGACCGCAAGAGUUGCGUGGCAUUGA